AUAUAUUCGCAGAAAGCGAGGUUGAGGUAACUGCGCCUGUAAAAGCACCGACUUAUCACCUGCCCCACCCACCGCGAUGCAGCCGGAGAUCCCGCCGGCGCCACCGUUCCGAGCUUAAAUUUCACUUCCGGCAAACGGUUUUAGGCAGACAUUGUAGCUGUUGACAAUGUCGGGCCCGAACUCCCGCAAGCAGCAGGCUAGGGCGCGUGAUCUGAAGCAUCGUGUGCUCACCUGCAUACACAGGCUCUCUGAUAGGGAUACUCACUCCGCCGCCGCUUCGGAGCUUGAAUCCAUUGCGAAAUCUCUGUCUGGUGAUGCUAUUCCGCCUUUCAUUUCGUCGAUAGCCGCUACUGACUCGUCGGAUAAGUCUCCGGUACGCCGCCAGUGUGUGCGUUUGAUCUCUGUUCUCUCCGAGCACCAUGGGAAUUCUCUGUCGCCUUACCUAUCGAAGAUCCUAUCCGCCGUCGUCCGCCGCCUCCGCGACCCUGAUUCGUCCGUCCGUUCCGCCUGCGUCGAAGCCUCAUUAUCCCUCUCGUCGCACAUCACCUCUCCUCCAUUUAACUCCGUAACAAAACCUUUCCUCGAAUCGCUCUUCAUCGAGCAGGACUCCAACACUCAGACCGGCGCGGCUUUAUGCUUGGCGGCGAUAAUUGAGGGAUCAAAAGAUCCAGAUGCGGGGAGCUUAAGGCGAUUGUUCCCAAAGCUUGAGAAGCUAGCGAAAUCUGAAAGUUUUAAGGCGAAGGCUGCGCUGCUCACUCUAAUUGGAAGUAUCGUGCAAGUGAAAGGAGUACUGAGUAACGGCAAGACUGCAAUUAGAAAUAUCGUCAUGUGUUUGAUGGAAUUUCUGAGUAGCGAAGAUUGGGCUGCCAGAAAGGCUGCUGCGGAGGCAUUGAUGAAGAUCGCCAUUGCAGAGAAGGAAUCACUGUCGGAGCACAAAAUCUCGUGCUUGAAGACGUUUGAGGCAAAGAAAUUUGACAAGGUGAGGGCAACGAGGGAAACUAUGAAUCAGAUGAUAGAAGCGUGGAAGCUGAUUCCAGAUCUACCAGAUGAGGUUUCAUCAAUCCCUGAAUCAGAAGCUUCUUCUAAACAAAAUGCUAGUGAUGGGUGUUACCCUCCCGGGAUAAAAUCUUAUUGUUCCCCUGGGGCUUCUACUACUCAAACAAGAAAUCGAAGUCCUCCAAGCAAGCCAACAGCCCGGUCACUGUUUUCUAAUGCUACUCCUGCAUCCACGGCCAGGAAAAGAAGCCCUCUUGGUAGUAAUGAAAGCAAACCAGGCCGGGGACUGUUCCAGAAGCUAGACCUGAAGAAGCCCACCAAAGUUGAAAUUGUUGGUUCUAAUGGAUCUUGUGGUGUGACAGUCUUAGAUGAUAGUCCAUCAGACAAAGGCGAGGAGGAAAGAAGACAAACUGGAAAAACAGAGAUCAAACGUAAUCUUUUCAGCGAGAACAAUGGGAAGCAGAAGCUUCAUUUGUUUAAAAAUAGUUCUCGAGUUGUUCCAUGGGGUGAUGCCAGUGUUGUUGUUAGUAAUGAAACUGGAGAUACCUAUAGCAACCAGAGAGGAUGUGAAGACCUAUCUCAGAUCCGAAUGCAACUUGUGCAGAUUGAAAAUCAGCAGUCCAAUUUAAUGGAUCUUCUUCAGAAAUUUAUCGGAAGCUCUCAAAACAGUAUGCAUUCUCUUGAGGCUCGUGUCCACGGUCUCGAACUUGCUCUGGAUGAAAUAUCAUUUGAUUUAGCAGUCUCAACCGGAAGGGUGUCACAAAAUGGUGCUGCCGGAGCAACAUGCUGCAGGCUACCCGGUACAGAUUUCUUGAGCUCUAAGCUCUGGAGACGAGCAGAGCUUCGCCCAACCACUCGACUCCCCCUCUCUAGAGAUACCCCAUCAAUGGCUGAACAUAAUGGAAAUGGCAAUGGGUUUCCUGUGGAGAAUCGAAGGUACAUGAUCCAAGGUCGACGCGGGCUUAUAGUGAACCCGCUGGCCAAAUUCUCCAGCAGCUCUCUCGGAUUUUCUGAAGUUUCCUCAACUGGAGUUCUUAAUAGCACUGGCGUUUGACAUAAUUAGGCAUUUCUACACUUGAUGGCUUCUUCUGGCUGGGCUGCAAAGGACUGGAAGAACUCUGCGGAUGGGUUUCCUGGACAAAAAGGCAACCGGAGGAAUUUGGAAACAAGGUAACCGGUUUCUGUCUCGAUUGAUUAGUUAUUUAUUUGCGAAUGAUUAGAGGCGAUAAAUUGGGAAGAAAUUAUAAUGCAAAUGAAUGAAUGGAUGAAAUGAAGUAUAAGUAGCUUGUGUUUGAAUUAACCUUGAGGAGAAGUUUCGCUUGCAUUGUUUUUUUGUUGGCUUUGGAAAUGUUUUUGUAUCUGAAAUGAUUCUUGCUGGGGUGGAGGGUGGGUGGGUGUAUAUGAUUAUGGUAGUGAACAUGCUUGUCUUCUUCAUGAUUUAAAAUGGUGGAUGUGUGUGUAUAAUAUAUAUAUAUAUAUAAGUUAUGGAAGCUGUAUGUAUGUAUCUCUCUUUGCAUGCCUUUGGUAGACAUCAUUAUUAUCUGUAUAGAUCUUGGAUUUAAGUUUAUUUCUGAAGUAUGUUGUUGUAUGUUAUGAAAAUUAAUUGAGAAUGUGUUUAUUAAGUGCAAAACAUGAGCAUUGUGAAUAUUUGUAUUUUAAUGUGAUUUAAUAUAUAAAUAUUUUUAAUCUAAUAGUGUUUAAUUAUUC